CUUUCCUAAAUUCCUCAGUGCUUUACUCACACCAAAAUCCACUCAUCAUUUGCUAUAAAAGCUUCAAUUUCCCUUUCCAUUAGAUCAUCAAUAUUUCACCCAAAAUAUUUGUAUCUUUUGUUAGCUGCAAUUACAGUCAAAGUAAAUCAGCAACAUUAAUGGCUACUCCAAGUGUACAAGAAAUUCGUCCUUCGUCUCUCCUUUCUAGUUCUGAACCCCCGUCUCUGUUCGAUGGAACCACCAGGUUGUAUAUCAGUUAUAUUUGCCCGUUUGCUCAGCGUGCGUGGAUUACCAGAAAUGUCAAGGGUUUACAAGAUAAGAUUGAAUUAGUUCCAAUUGAUCUUCAGAACAGGCCUGCUUGGUACAAGGAAAAAGUUUACCCUCAAAAUAAGGUUCCCGCUCUGGAACACAACAACAAAGUGAUUGGAGAAAGUCUCGAUCUGAUUAAAUAUAUCGACAGCAACUUUGAGGGGCCAUCCCUUCUACCUGAUGACCCUGAAAAACAGAAGGUUGCUGAAGAGUUGGUAGCUUACACCGAUACAUUCCUGAAAGAAAUAUAUGGUAGCUUUAAAGGAGAUGUUGAGAAGCAGGCUGGACCUCAGUUUGACUACUUAGAAAAAGCUCUCGAGAAAUUUGACAAUGGACCUUUCUUCCUAGGUCAAUUCAGUCAGGCCGACAUAGCGUAUGCUUCCUUCAUUGAAAGGUUCCAAAUCUUCUUGCAAGAGGUGUUCAACUAUGAUAUCACAUCUGGGAGGCCAAAACUAGCAAAAUGGAUAGAGGAAUUGAACAAGAUUGAUGGCUACAUUCAGACAAAAGCCGAUCCCAAGAAAGUGGUCGAGAUAUAUAAGAGCCGCUUUAUGGCAUAAAACUGAAUAACGCUCAAUCCAUCAAUGUUGUUGAAUUACGAAUAACUGGCAUAAAACUGAAUAACGCUCAAUCCGUCAAUGUUGUUGAAUUACGAAUAACUGGUGUUCCGUGCUUCGUUCAUGUCAAGGACUUAGAGAUUAUAUAUUAGUAAUACAUAAAUAAAGUGAUUCUAUGUUUGUUUUCUAUAUAUAUAGAUUGUACUUGAAACCUGUUGCUUGUGCUGGAAACUUGUUUCAGCAUACUAAAAGCUGUUAUAUCGUCUCAUGUAAUAGAAUUCUGUUGUGUGUGGAUCAAGCCACUUAAAUGAAAUAUUAUUGUUCAUAA